CUGGGCGGGGCUGAUAGAUGAACAAUAACAUCAUGACCUCAUAGAGAGAAUACGCAAGCAGGGGAGUAACUGAGACAUACUAAUGGAGAGGGCUGGCCUUCACACAGAGCGAGAGAGAGAGAGAGAGAGAGAGAGAGAGAGAGAGGGGGAAGAUAUAGCUUAUGCUUAGAAGAGACUACAGCAUUGCACCAACCCCAAAGGAGGCUCUCUUCACUGAGGAUUUUGGAAGAAUUGCCUUUCUCUUCCAUUACAUCCAUCCAUUUUCCUUCCUUUUUCCAGCAUUACCCACUGGCAGCGAUACACACUCCCUGCACCAGGCUGUUCUUCCGGGCAUGCUACUUAAGCCCAAGUAUGGCCGCUUUCGCAACGACUCUGUGACCUCCUCAGACGACCUGAUACAGAGCUUAGCCAUGAGCGGGAAGGUGGUAGCCACAGCAGUGGCUCCUUCUUCAGUACCAAACUCACCAGUACCACCUUUGGAGCCCACCAUCCUCACCCCACCCUUAGUCCAGGCGUUGGCUGAGUCUCCUGGCCUGGAUGGCGAACAGGACAGUGCCACCACCUUCUGCAUGUUAAUCCCCAAGAUGCCCCAGUGGAAGUUCUCCAACUCGCUGCUGAGCUGCAGCCCUUCUAGCAGUGCUAGUUCCAGCUCCAGUAAGGAUUCUAGCAAAACCUCCAUCGCUAAGGCAUCCCCAGCCACCUCAAGUAUAGCUGCAACCUCCAGUGGUCCCAUGACCAGCCUCGCUGCUGCACUUAACUCCUGUGACCCUGUCUGUAUGGGUCCCUGUUCCCUGCAGGCUGUGAGCAGACAGAGGGUUGUUGUAGGCACAGCUAGUCCCAGUGGCUUUGGAGGUACAGAGACAGCAGAGGGGAAUCCAAGCAGUGCUGGGAGCUACCGCACAGGCAUAAACCGCAGGACCAGGGUGGAGGGAAUAUGGCUUGGUGGAGAAGACCUUAGCCAAAAAGCGAAUUUCAUCCAUAGGCCUUCGCAGGGCUGGCUGCACCCAGACAACAAAAUAAGCAGCACAGGGGCCUCCUUCAUUGUCAAGUAUCUAGGCUGUAUUGAGGUGCUUAAAUCAAUGCGUUCACUGGACUUCACCACCAGAACACAGGUGACAAGGGAGGCUAUCAACAGACUGUGUGAAAUAGUUCCAGGAGGGAAAGGCGUGUGGAAGAAGAAGGCUGCCAACAAGGCUCUUCAUGCCGUCAUGGGAAAGAGUAACUUGCAUUUUGCUGGCAUGCGUAUUGCUAUCAACAUCUCAAUAGAGGGGCUGAAUUUGCUUGACCCCACCACGCGACAGGUGAUAGCACAUCACCCUAUGCAGUCCAUCUCCUUUGCUUCUGGAGGAGACACGGAUACACCUGAUUAUGUUGCAUAUGUGGCCAAAGAUCCUGUCAAUCAAAGAGCAUGUCAUAUUCUGGAGUGCUGUGCAAACCUUGCACAGAGCAUUAUCAGUACGAUCGGCCAAGCCUUCGAGUUGCAAUUCAAACAGUACCUGCACAGCCCACCCAAAGCCAUACCCAGCCAGGAAAGGAAUGUAAGGACAGAAGAGUCAGCGUGGGAUGAAGAUGACAUGUUUUUGGAACAUGAUUACUACAACAGCAUACCAGGAAAAGAACCUCCACUGGGAGGAGUAGUGGACUCGAGACUCAAGACACCAGCGGCCUUGCUGGGCCACAUCCACUGCCUGCCGCAGAGCAAAGCAGCACAGCCUGGAUCUACAGCUAGGAGAGACAUGGCCUCACUACCUGCAGCUCAGCUGUGUUAUGAAGUGCAUUGGGACACGGAGAACUGCAGUAGCUCAAGUGUGACAUCUGAUGGGUAUUUGAGAGCAGAUGGACAUCCUACUAGUAGCCAGGAUUAUGAGGAGCACUUAUAUGUGAAUACACUGAAUCUGAACAACACAAGACCAUCAUCAGAUGCACAGGAAGAACGCAGCCCUGAGAGCCCCAAAAAAGACAUCUUUGAUAUGAGACCUUUUGAAGAUGCACUGCGUCUGCAUGAGGCUGGUAGUGUGUGUUUGCUGGAGGACAAGUGGCCAAGUCCCCCACAUCGCAGAGCCCCUAUAGCCCCUACUGAGGAGCAGCUCUGUCAAGAAGCCUGGUAUCAUGGGCGAAUGAGCCGCCGUGAUGCAGAGAAGCUACUGAUCCAUGAUGGAGAUUUCCUAGUACGGGACAGUUCCACUAACCCAGGCCAGUACGUACUGACAGGGAUGCACUGCGGCCUGCCGAAACACUUGCUCCUGGUGGACCCAGAGGGAGUGGUACGCACUAAAGACAUGCUGUUUGAGAGCAUCAGUCACCUGAUCAACUAUCACCUGAGUAACAAGCUGCCCAUUGUAGCAGCUGAGAGUGAGCUUCAUCUCCAGCAGGUGGUGUACAGAAAGCAGUUACCACCAAUCAAACAAGUGUAAGUGUGUCAAGAAUAAAAGACAACACUUGCACAUGCCUAUCUUCACAUAAAGAACAAAUAGUGGUACAAUUAGUUUGUAUUAAUAACAGACAUUCCAUCCUUUAAUGACACACUGUAAAUUAGUAAAAUUGCCCCCAGGUUUCAAAAAGGGUAUGAAUUAGUGUGCGCGUGGUGGCCAGCAAUGGACUGGCAUCCCAUCCAGAGUGCAUUAUAUUCCCACCUCCCAACUAGUGCUCCCAAGCUCCGGCUCCACCGCAGUCCUGACUAGGAUAUAGCAGUUACUGACAGUGAAUGAGUGUAAAUUAGUAUGAAUCCUGUUAUUACUCUCAGGUUAUAAAUGAAGCUAGGCAUCAUUGCAGCCAUCCCUGGGUCCCUACACCUUUGCCUUAAACACAGAUUCUAAACUUUUAUUGAACAUUAGUAUGUGUGAAUGAAACUAAGUUUCCAUCAGCACCUCACACACAGCUGUCAGCAGAAUUCAGAAGUAUAUGAAUACUUAGAAAGUGCUGGAAUUAAAUUAUACCAAAAAGGCACAAGAUUUUUACUGUGUUUUGCUGUAAGAAUUUUUCUCAGGAUGCAGUGUUGCAGUGCUGUUUUUUUAUGUUUAUUUCUUUACACCAAAUGGUCCAUUGAACUCAUAGAUUUAGGUAGAAUGUUAAAGAAAUUCUUUGAAGGGACUCAAUUACCCACAGAUGUAUUCAUAGUAGUAGUUUAAAGUAUUUAAAGGAGUUAUUUGCCCUCUUCAACAUUUUAGCCAUUUUUUGAAAGGGCAAUGAAGUGAAAUGAAAUUAAAUUUAAUACAAACAAUAAUAUUAAAGUUCAGAUGGCCCUUGAUAUCUUUCCUUCUCCAGCUGGAAAAUCACCAUUUACCUACAGUGUGUUGUUUGACACAAGUAGUUGUACUUUAUGACAGUUACAACCUGCAUAAAUGUAAGCUUUCAGUUGAUUUUGCUUACUGUCCUUGGCAUACCUCUUGAAAACUCAAAGAAAAAGCAACAGAGAACAAACAUCUGUUACCAAAAUUUUAUGGCAAUCGAGAACCUUGUUCUUUGCUCAGAAUGACUGUAUAGCAGGCUAAUGCUAUAAAGCUAUCUUAAAAACACAAAGCUUAAAUAAAGAGCGUAUGACAAAAUACACAAGUGUGGUUUCCAAGACGUUGCAUACUUGUUAAAUAUAAGCCAGAUACAGUGGGUAGUUUAUUUCGGUGUGUGGCACACUGCAGAUAUGAAUAUGAGCUUGGCCAUCAAAAUGACUCUGAACAGCGAAAGCAGGCCACUAUGGGCUCAGCUACAGUUAUGCCUAACUUUCUGUAACAGCUAUAGCUGUUUCUAAUUUUGUUUGUUUAUUUUGUCUAUUGAGUUGGAGAGAUGCAAAAUAUAAAUAUCAAUUAUUGUUUGCUCAGAUGUUAUUAUUGCUUUAUUAGAUGUAUAAAUGGAUAUUUUGGAGGUGGCAUUGUGAGAUGUAUGUCCAGUUGUGAAAGGCAUGUUCUAUUUAUUUUUUCUAUUAUUAAGAUCAUCCAUUAAAUGACACAUCUGAAUUAUUUCAAGCAUUAUAAUUAAAAGCAUAACAAACAAAAAAUAGUACAGUAUACCUUUAGUUUCACUCUCCACAGGUACCACUUUUCUUUUCAGGUCUAUUUUCCAUAGGAAUCAAUGUGGAUGAUAAUUCUGGCAGAAUAAGUGGCACUGCAUGCGAUUUAAAUGCCAGUUUGUCAUGAAUCUGUUCAGCAGCUCUCUAAGCAUAUUUAUGUAUCCUUUGAAGCCUAAAUAAAACUAUUUUUUUGUCUGAUUUAUUUGUCACCUACUAUCACUAAUAGGAGUAUUGUGAGUAUCAUUAUUGAGGCAUGUGGUUCAAUAAAGUAUUGCUGAGCAGUAUGUGAAUAAAGUAUGGCUAAGCUGAAAGCAUGAUUCUUUGAAAAAAGGUGUGUUGAGAAUACAACAUAAAACAAAGGCAACCUGAGUAAACACACAAUACAGUUUUUAUUUAUUUAUGGUUUUUUAUUGAAGCAAAAAAAACAAAAACAAAAGUUAUCCAACACCUAUCACCAAUGUGAAAAACGAAUUGCUCCCAUAAAAUUAAAAUCUGGUUGUGCCACCGUUAGCAGCAAUAACUGCAACCAAACACUUCUGAUAAGUGGAGAUCAGUGUUUCACUUACUUCUAGGACUAGGACUUACUCCUAUACUUUGGAUCAUCGUCUUGCUGCAUAAUCCAGUUGUGCUUGAGUUUCAACUUAUGGACUGAAUGUAACAGGACCCCUGUCUUCCAAACAGUUCAUUUUCAGCUCAUCAGUCCACAGAAUAUUCUCCCAAAAGGUUUGAGGAUCAUCAAGGUGUGUUUUAGCAAAAUUCAGACGAGCCUUAAUGUUCUUCUGGGUUAGCAGCUGUUUUCACCUCGCCAAUCUUCCAUGGAAGCCAUUUUUGCCCAGUGUCUUUCUGAUAAUGGAGUCAUGAACAGUGACCGUUAUUGAUGCAAGAGAGGUCUGUAGGUCUUUUGAUGUUGUCUGUGGCUCUUUUGUGACUUCCUGGAUGAGUAGUUGCUGUGCUCUUGGAGGAGUUAUGGAGGCCCGCCACUUCUGGGCCAAGUUUUUCCAUUUGGAGAUAAUGGCUCUCGCUGUGGUUCUUUGGAGUCCCAGAGCCUUUGAAAUAGCUUUGUAACCCUUCCCAGACUGAUGUAUUUCAAUCACCUUCUUCCUCAUCAUUUCUGGAAUUUCUUUUAACUUUGGUAUAGUGUAUUACUGGCUAAGACCUUUUAACCAACUUCAUGCAGUUGAAAAAGUUCUAUUUAAGUGUUGAUUUGAUUGAACAGGGUUUGCAGUAAUCAGACCUGGUUGUGUCUACUCUAGCUGAACCCCAUUAUGAAUGCAAUUUCAUAGAUCUGGGGAAUUAGUA